AUGGUGAAGGAGAGAAAUCUCGAGCUGUCUGACGACGAGAACGAGAGGGAGGUGCUCACAUCCACCAGGAAGAUGAGCAUCGGCGCGUCGAAGGCCACUUCGAAAAACAAAGAGCCCUCGCCCAUGGAGGAGGAUGAGCGAGACGAUGGCGACGAAGGCUCCAACGCCGGUUCAGAGGAGUACGAGAUUGAAGAAAUUAUCGACGCGAAGCACGGGGCCUUUCCUGCAGGCAGACUUGGCUAUUUGGUCAAAUGGAAGGGUUAUGGCGAAGAACACAACAGCUGGGUUGACGAGAACGACGCGGGGAACGCGCAGGGUCUCAUCGAGGAAUACUGGAGGAAGCAAAAGGCUGAGAAAAAGAGCAGAGGCAAGCCUGCCGCUCAACCGCGUCGUUCGACCGGAACGACGAAAGGACGCAUGUCCAUCUCGCAAAGGGAUGAAAGCUCUGAGGUUGAGGAGACUCGCCAGAAGCUUGAGGAGGUUCGUACCAAGAAACGUGGAAGACCAUCGAAGGCUUCCGUCGAACGUGAGCAGGGAGGCGAUGAAGAGGACGAGGAACCUCAGCCGGAAAAGAAGAAGAAACGUCACAGGAAAAGUACGAAUGGAUUCAAAGCGAAAGGGGACGCGGAACCGAUGGAUGAAGACGAGGAAGAGGAAUAUGUGGACAUGAAACGUUGGGCGAAGCUCCCGAGCUGGGAACGUCUUGUCGAAUCGAUUGACACGGUUGAGCGCGUAGAUGAUCAUCUCUUUGUGUACUUCACGUUGAUCAACAAUCAGGGCCGUGGCAGAGAGGAAUCGACCCAGUGCAGGGACAAGUUCAAAGACAUGUUAUUGGACUUUUAUGAGAAGAACCUUCGCUGGCGAGAGGAUACUGACACUGCGCAGAAGUGA